UAUCUUAAUCACUACUGCUCUCAUCUGUGGUACUUACUUCAUUGGUAAUGCUUAUAUCGACAAAGAAUUUAAAGAGAGAUUGCUAAGAUGGAAAAUCACUGAUAAGAUGCAUAACGCAACAUCCAGUGCAUGCCAGAAUAUAAAUAAACCAUUGGGUAGUGAAGCACUACCGCAAGGAAUCAUCGUCAAAACAUCAAACUUGGAAACGCAACAUCUAUGGAACUACUGUGACAGUGAAAAUGGUAAUACAAAACGUUCGAUGAGUUUGUUAGCCAUGGCGGUUGGAAUCAAGCAAAAUGAGCUGGUCAACAAAGUUAUACAAAAGUUUUCUCUUCAAGAUUUUGUGGUCAUGCUUUUUCAUUACGAUGGUGUUUUGGACGACUGGAACCAGUAUCCAUGGAGUGCACAUGCAAUUCAUGUUUCCGUGAUGAAUCAAACAAAAUGGUGGUUUGCCAAACGAUUCUUGCAUCCUGAUGUAGUUGCAGAGUAUGAGUAUAUAUUUCUUUGGGACGAAGAUCUUGGUGUAGGUCAUUUCAAUCCUCAACGAUACUUAUCUAUUGUCAAAGAAGAAGGUCUUGAGAUAUCGCAACCCGGCCUCGACCCUACAGAAUCAGAGGUGUAUCAUCCUAUAACCGCUCGUCGGGAGAACUUAAAAGUUCAUAGGCGGAUUUAUAAAUUCAAAGGCGGCUUGCCAUGCAAUGUCAAUAGCACCGAUCCUCCAUGUAUCGGGUGGGUAGAAUUGAUGGCACCUGUUUUCUCUAGGUCAGCAUGGAGAUGUUCUUGGUAUAUGAUUCAGAACGAUUUGAUCCAUGCUUGGGGUUUGGAUGUGCAGCUUGGUUAUUGUGCUCAAGGUGAUCGGAAGAAAAAUGUAGGUGUUGUUGAUGCAGAGUACAUAGUUCAUUACGGCCUUCCCACACUCGGUGGGGUUGUAAACGCCUCAAGUUCUGCGCGGAAUGAGACAAAUCCGAAAUCAGGGGAUUCGUCGGAGUCUGAUGGAGUGGAUAACAGAGGAAAAGUGAGGAUGAAAUCAUCUGUCGAGAUGAAGAGAUUCAAGGAACGCUGGAAGAAAGCUGUCAACGAUGAUAGAUGUUGGCUCGAUCCGUAUUGAAAAUACAAGCGGUGUGUAAGCAAACAGAACAUAACCGGAUCACCUUUACAAAUAGAAUUUUGAGAUUGUUCAUGUUUAGUAUGUUUUGUUGUCUUAAUGUAGACCAUUGUUUUGGUAUGUAGAUUUUGUUUUAGUGGGGAAAAUCAGUGUACUUGUAUGUUAUGUGGUGGACCACAUAGAGUAGGUUUAUUUUUUAUAACACUAUAUCAA